UAAAUAUCUGGACACAGGUAAGAAAGAUUCAGUAUCCGAAAUAAUUUCGAGUACCUCUCAGGCCCUUGAGUUUUUAAAGAUUUAAAAUGAAAACUACAGCUAUUUUAUUUGUGUGUGUUGUGGCAUGCUUGUGGAUUGAAGCUCAUGCCGAUUGCCCGCCUUUCGAAAAUGGUUCAAGUGAUACAAAAGUACCAACUGGUUCUAAAGUUGUCGUCAAGUGCAAUGAAUAUACAUGCCAAGACGACGGUGGAUGGACUUCUGUUGGAUGCCCGGAAUUCCGAUGCAAAAAUCCUAAAGCUGGUUCGCGGGAUUAUGAUUAUUCAAAACCUUAUCCUGAUUGCUGUCCAAAAUCAGUUUCGAGUCACAUGACUGAACUUAAUAUUCUUAAGGAAAAAGAAAAAAUAAUAAAAAUGAAAACCUUUGUUAUUCUCUUUGUGUGCGCAUUCGUGGUCUGUUUGUGGGCUGAAGCUCACGCUGACUGCAGUGGCAUGGCUGAUGGAGACGACAAAACUUACAAAACCGGUGACAAGAAAAUUGAUAGAUGCUCCGAAUUUACAUGCCAGGAAGACGGUUCAUGGACUUCAUUAGGAUGUGGUGUAUGGGAUUGUGAAGAUAGAAUUGGUUACCAAGAUUACGACUACUCAAAACCAUACCCUGAAUGUUGUCCAAGACCACUUUGCGCAUCAGACAAAAAUUAAAAAACAUACUUCCGUACACUGGCUACCAGAUUUAUAAUUUUAUUACGCAAAGAUUAAGUAUCUUACUAACAAAAUUUGUUUAGAUUUAAUAACUUUGAAAUUUAUUUUCAAUAAAACCUGUUUUAAAA